GUUACACUUGACGAGUUUAGGAGAAGUGAUGUCUCUGCCGAGUCCCUACCCUACUGCCUUCGACUAGCAAAAUCGGGAAAUCUCAGAUCAUGUCUCCCAGAGAUCUGAUCGCGCGACGCGUGCGAUCCUGGGCGUCUAUAGACCACAGUGCGUAGGCCGCUACGCGGACCGCCACAAGCCCCUUCACCUUCUGCUCUCGACUGGCUUGUGUACUCUUCAGAUUUCCUUACUUGAGCAUUAAAUACAUUCCCAAACAUGGAUGACGAUGAUGCUGAUUACAUGCAAGGAAGCGACGACGAGGACUACGGUUUUGACUACUCUGACGAUGACCAGGAGGACGCAACCGCAAGCGCAGACGUCGAAAACAUGUACUAUACGGCAAAGGCGAAGAAAGAGGACAACCCAGAACAAGCGUUGAAGGAGUUCCGAGCAAUAGUUGAUCAGGAGGAAGAGAAAGGAGACUGGGGGUUCAAAGCGCUGAAGCAAUCGACAAAGAUCCUCUUUCUACAGCUUCACAGACCGAACGAUGCACUGGAGACUUACAAGCAGCUGCUUACGUAUACCAAGUCCGCUGUUACUCGCAACUACUCCGAGAAGACAAUUAACGGCAUCUUGGACUACGUCGGUGGCGGGAAGGGCGGGCCCGUUGAAGUAGAUAUACUCGAGAAGUUCUACCAGGCCACGAAAGCGGCGCUGCUGGAGGCGAAAAACGACCGGUUGUCAGCAAAGACAAACCUCAAGCUCGCGAAGCUCUGGCUCGACAGGAAGCAAUACAACCGGCUAGGCAAGGUUCUGCGAGACCUCCAUCAAGCAACAGCCGGUACAGAUGGCGAGGAUGUCGCGCAGAAGGGUACGCAACUCCUCGAGAUAUACGCACUCGAGAUCCAGAUGCACAACGAGAUGAAGAACUUCAAGAAGCUCAAGGAGAUCUACAACGCAUCGAACUCCGUGCGCUCAGCGAUCCCGCAUCCCCGGAUCCUGGGUGUCAUCAAGGAAUGCGGAGGUAAGAUGUGGAUGGGCGAACGACAAUGGAACCGUGCUAGUGAGGACUUCUUCGAGUCGUUCAAGAACUACGAUGAGGCGGGCUCGCCGCAGCGGAUUCAAGUGCUGAAGUACCUUGUGCUGGCGAACAUGCUGACCGGAAGCGAGGUCAACCCUUUCGACAGUCAAGAGACGAAGCCGUACAAGAACGACCCUCAAAUCAAGGCUAUGACCGAUCUCGUCGAUGCAUACCAACGACGCGAAGUUCACACCGCCGAGAAAAUCUUGAAGGACAACCGGACGAUCAUGGACGACCCAUUCAUCCAGUCGUAUAUCGGGGAGCUGCUGCGUAGUCUUCGCACCCAGUAUCUCAUCGACCUCAUCAAGCCCUAUACUCGGCUCGAACUGUCGUUCCUUGCCAAGCAACUCAAUGUGGAUAAGGAUGAAGUGGAAGACCUCCUCAUUGGACUGAUUCUCGAGGGCAAGGUCGAGGGCAAGAUCGACCAAGUUUCGAUGCGUCUCGAGCUGUCAACGAAGCAGAGCCUGGAGAAGAGACGGUACGACGCACUCGACAAGUGGACCGGUGCCCUCGAGUCCGUGCACAACGCCAUCGUCGGCAAGGCGCAGAGCGGCAACCGAGGAACGGACACCUCGUUCAACGUCAGCGGCGACCCAUUCAGCGCCCCCAUGCGCGAGAUGGAGAGGACUGGAGGCAGGUUCUGAGCGAAUUGCAGGUCUCAAAUACUGGAUGUUGUCGUGUUGUAUAUCACCAUUGUGUAGCUCUCACUUCGCCAUGCUUGCUAUCGCAUUUUGCUAAGGUUGAGCAGGUC